CGGAAGCCGGGAAGGAACUAGGGCGCAAGGGAGCCAGGGCUGGGGUUGUGUUUGGAACCUUGGCGGGGCUGAGGUUUCGAUGUGGUCCCCGGAGCGGGAGGCCGAGGCCCCGGCCGGGGGAGACCCGGCGGGCCUACUGCCCCCCGAGUGGGAGGAGGAUGAGGAGCGCAUGUCCUUCCUGUUCUCCGCCUUCAAAAGGAGUCGCGAGGUGAACAGCACCGACUGGGACAGCAAGAUGGGCUUCUGGGCGCCGUUGGUGCUGAGCUACAGCCGCCGCCAGGGGGUGGUGCGCCUGCGUCUGCGAGACUUGCAGGAGGCCUUUCAGCGCAAGGGCAGCGUCCCGCUGGGGCUGGCCACGGUGCUGCAGGACCUGCUGCGUCGAGGGGAACUACAGCGGGAGUCAGACUUCAUGGCCAGUGUAGACAGCAGCUGGAUCUCCUGGGGAGUCGGGGUCUUCCUGCUGAAGCCCCUCAAGUGGACUCUUUCUAACAUGCUGGGGGACAAUAAGGUUCCUGUUGAGGAGGUACUUGUGGCUGUGGAGCUGCUUAAGGAAAAGGCUGAAGAGGUGUAUCGUCUGUAUCAGAAUUCCCCUCUCUCCUCCCACCCAGUGGUGGCCCUGUCAGAGCUGAGCACCCUCUGUGCUAGCUCCUGCCCAGACGAGAGGACCUUCUACUUGGUGUUGCUGCAGCUGCAGAAAGAGAAGAGAGUCACAGUCCUCGAGCAGAAUGGAGAAAAGAUUGUGAAGUUUGCCCGAGGGCCACAUGCCAAGGUCUCUCCCGUCAACGACGUAGAUGUUGGGGUAUACCAGCUGAUGCAGAGUGAGCAGCUCCUCUCGUGCAAGGUGGAGUCCUUAUCCCAAGAAGCAGAGAGGUGUAAAGAAGAAGCCCGCCGAGCAUGCGGAGCAGGAAAGAAACAACUGGCACUGAGGUCUCUCAAGGCCAAGCAACGGACGGAGAAGCGCAUCGAGGCCCUCCAUGCCAAGCUGGACACUGUUCAAGGCAUCCUGGACCGGAUCUACGCCUCCCAGACAGACCAGAUGGUUUUCAAUGCCUACCAGGCUGGGGUAGGAGCUCUAAAACUCUCCAUGAAGGAUGUUACAGUGGAGAAGGCAGAGAGCCUUGUAGAUCAAAUCCAAGAGCUAUGUGACACCCAGGAUGAAGUUUCUCAGACUCUGGCUGGUGGGGUGACCAAUGGCCUAGAUUUUGACAGUGAGGAACUGGAGGUGGAAUUGGACCUCCUCCUUCAGGACACCACCAAAGAACCUUUGGAUCUGCCCGACAACCCCCACGAGACGUUUUAUACCAACAGUGUGCCUAGCCCUAGGAUCUCGGAUGCUGAACUUGAAGCUGAACUUGAGAAACUAUCCUUAUCAGAGGGAGGUUUGGUCCCAAGCAGUAAAUCUCCAAAAAGGCAACUGGAACCAACUCUCUAAAGCCAUUGUAGGACCCUCAAGUGAAAGACCCUCAUGUAAAAGAGAGACCAGGCUUUUAUGUGUGUGUACAUAGUUAUUUAAAUGAGAAACUCAGAAUUUGUUGAGAAGAGGAGGAAGGAGAAUUAUUCUGAUUUACCUGGAUGCUACCACUUACUACAGGACAGAUAUAAUUUCUGGAAGCGAUGCUCCCACGGCUUGCUCCCAGCUGGUAUCACGGACCUGCCUUCUCAUCUUUAUAGUGCCACAAUUUAUACAGUUCUGUGUUUGACCUGUUGUCUUUCAUAGCCUGCAAUUCUUGCCAUUGGCUCAGUUAGGUUUGUCUUCACCCACCAGCUUUGUUCCAGCCAAUGAAGGUGAAAGAUUUGCAGCUUUGCCAAAUCAAAAUCAGUCCUCUCCCCUGCUCCCACCAUUUUUUAGAGGGACUUAUUCUGUCUCUAAAGUCAGUUAAUCUACUUAUUCCUGUCCCACUCUAUUGGUAAUGAGAAUAAUGAGAAACAAACACUUAAAGGUUUUACUUGAGGGGACUUAACAGCUGCCACUUUAUGGAGAAACAACAGUGUAAAAGGUUUCUUUCUAGGGUCAUUUGUCAGAUUCUCCAGGUGUUUGGAAAAGAGGUCACCCCUGAGUGGCUCAGAAGCAUGACAGUUGGGGGCUCUGGUGUGGUUUGUGGACAUUGCUGCCUCUUCCAUCUUAUGCAGAAGAUCUGCUGACUGGGGAAAGGGUUAUUCUUGGUCUUUAGAACUUGGCAGGGAGAGGCCCAGGGCCCCAAGAUGUCCAAAUCUCAUAUGCUUUUUAAAAGAGGCAUAAUCUUUGCCUUGUCCCCGUCAUGGAAUAACUUAAAAUAUGUAUGUAUAUAUAUUCCAGAGCAAACCACACAACAACACACCUUCCCUUCAUGAAGAACUAUAGGUUCUUUGUGUGAAUUUGAAAAGCAUUUCAUUUUGUAGCCCAUUACUCAGGGCAGGGGAUCUGAGCCAGGAUGUGCAAUAGAAGCAGAAGAUGUUGGCAUUCUGCCAUAUCUGCUGUGUGCUUCCCCGGUCCCUGUUUACACCUGCCCCUGCCUCCUGCAGUCCCAUCUUCCCACUUGAUGAAUUGGGGAGGAUGGUGUGGGGGGACAGACAGGAGAGGGUCUGAAUGCUCUAGCAAGGUGGAGAAGAGAAGAGAAGAUGACUGCCUCUCUGCUGCUGCCGAAGUACAAGUAUUUCUGCCCGGAGCCCUUUACCCUGUCCCUCUGAGGUGGUGUAGUGCAGAGGGGAAGAAUUUGCUCCAGGCCAGGAGCAUGAAUCACUGUUCAACAGACUUCUCUCCCACUCUACCUUGAUAAAAUGAAAUGUUGGGGGUGAAAAGAAACAAUCACUAUUUUUUCUUUUUUAAUCUGAUAAAUAAUUAAAAAACC